AAUAGCCAUGCAGAUUGUCCGUUUCUCCCCUUAUUUUCUCCCAUAUAAACCCUACUACCAUUCCCUUCGCCGCUUCACACCACAUCUCCAUCCAUCUACCAAAUACCUAUUUGCAAUCACUUCAAUACAAUGGCAGCCACACCAACUCGAGUCUGGGCUUUGCUCGGCCUUCUCCUCCUCUUCCAAGGCGGCGCCUUCGGCCGCCGGAGUUUCACCGGGAGCCGGGACGAGUGCCAGCUCCGGCGGAUCAAGGCCUUCGAGCCCUCCCUCCGCGUCGAGGCGGAGGGCGGGGUGACGGAGCUUUGGGACCCCUUGAAUGAGCAGUUCCGGUCAAUACGAGGGGCAGACCAGCACCAGAAGAUAGGGACCUUUGAGAAAGGGGACAUAAUAGUGUUUCCAGAAGGGGCAGCUCAUUGGGUGGCCAACACUGGAAAAGACGAUGUUGUCCUCAUCGUCAUUCAGGACACCUCCAACUCUGCUAAUCAGCUUGACGCUAAUCCCCUCAGAUUUUUCCUCGCCGGUAAUGGGCAGUCGAAAGAGGAGGAAAUGAAACGCCGCCGGCAGAAACAGGGGAAGGGAGAGGAAGAGGAGGAGGAAGGCAGCCAACGAUCGGAACAGCAACUCCUAGAGAGGCUGGGCUACGGCGCCGGCAACAUUCUGGGCGGGUUCCGGUCCCGGUACGUCAGAGACUCGUUCCGGACGGACGAGGACACGGCGGAAAAUCUUCAGGGAGCAAAAGACGUGAGGGGCCACAUCGUACGCCUCGAAGCAGAGGAUCUUCUCUCCAUUCUCGCCGUGCCGUUCUCUUCCCAGGAGGACGACAACGACCGAUCGUCCUCCUCCGCCGGUAACGGCGUGGAGGAGACCAUCUGCACCGCCAGGGUACGGCAGAACAUCGACGACUCCUCACGCGCCGACAUCUCUGACCCACUCGCCGGUUACUUCUUCACCGUCAACAAAUAUACCCUCCCCAUUUUCGGCCUGAUCAAACUCAGCGCCGGCCACGGCUCUCUUAAAAGGAACUGGGGGAUAGUGCCAAAAUGGUGCAUGAACGCGCACAGCUACGUGUACGUGAUGAGCGGCAGUGCGAGAGUUCAGAUCGUGAACAAUCGGGGGGGCUCCGUCAUGGACGGCGAGGUCCGGAGGGGGCAGCUGUUCCUCGUGCCCCAGAACUUCGUGGUGGCUAUGGAGGCGGCGGGAGAGGGCGGGUUCGAGUGGGUGGAGUUCAACACCAACGACGACGCCAUGUUCAACACGCUCGCGGGGACCGCCUCCGUCGUCGCCGGGUUCCCGGCCGGAAUAGUGGCGGCGGCGUACCGGCUGCCCCACCAGAAGGCGGAGGCGCUGAAGCGGGACAUGUUGAACAGUGGCCUCUUCCGCCCCGCCGCCGCCACAAGAAAGCUGUUGAAGCUCUUCUCCAACCCCUUCCGACUCCGCCGCCUCACCCCCAGAUCCAAAGUCAUCAAGAAGCCGCCCGUCGUCAAUAAGAAGAACAAGCCGCGUCCAACGCUGCUGUUCGACGCGGCUGCCCCCAGGAAGACCGGAGCUUCCGGGUGGCGGCCGGGGGCAAGCAGAACCCGCGGAAAGUGCUGCAGGUUUCGGUUCUUGCCGGCAGGCAAGAAAAGGGCGGCGGGGCCCGUUUACGUCGAUCAGCUGUUUGUGGCCCCGCCCCCGGAGAAUUCCCGCCAUCAUCAUCAGCUUCUGGGAACAAAUAAGUUCGCAAAAGCUGAUGAUGAUGAUCAGAGUGUUGGUCCUGGUCAUGUCUUAAUAAGAUCAUGCGACGAAAACGAAGGGGGUGUUGGGGCGGAGGCGGAUGCGAUUUGGGAAGCGAUGGUUUGUUGGCAAUAUCCUGAGGGAGAAUCUGUUAAACUUAACCUUGCUAGAGGACAAUUUCCUCAUCAAACUAUUGCAGCUGCUGUCCUAAGGAAUAGCAAAGGGGAAUUCCUUUUUGGUUAUGCUUCUUCCAGCCCUAAACCAAAGUACAUGGUCUAUUUGGAAGUUGGAGUCCAAGUUCUAAGUUGGGGACUGGCGCAUGGCUUCAGAAGCAUUAUCAUUGAGACUGAUGAAGGGGAGGUUCCCUUCCUUCAACUUGGGAUUAACCCGGAGCAAGAUGACUAUUUAAGAAAGUUUCACUUUCUUCUCUCUUGUGUUAAGAGCUCCUUUGAGGUGUGUGAGAAGCAAGUAAACAGACUGCCUCAUUUCUUGGUGACAUGGAGCNAUAGCAAAGGGGAAUUCCUUUUUGGUUAUGCUUCUUCCAGCCCUAAACCAAAGUACAUGGUCUAUUUGGAAGUUGGAGUCCAAGUUCUAAGUUGGGGACUGGCGCAUGGCUUCAGAAGCAUUAUCAUUGAGACUGAUGAAGGGGAGGUUCCCUUCCUUCAACUUGGGAUUAACCCGGAGCAAGAUGACUAUUUAAGAAAGUUUCACUUUCUUCUCUCUUGUGUUAAGAGCUCCUUUGAGGACCUUCUUGUGGUCUUGGUCAAGCCUUUUUCUAGGUUCCCUUACCCCUUACUUUUGAGGAUUGUUCCCCUCGGAAGAAUUCCUAAAUUUCCAUCGGGGGAUAGUCUGCUUCUUACCCAGUUGAAUCCGAGCGUGGCUAGGGUUUUGAAGAGAAUGGAGUUGAAGAGGCGACGGAAUGAUGAAGUCCCGUCCGGUACGAACGGUGAAUCGAAGUCAAGUUCGAAGGGUCGCCGCCGGUCAUCGACGACGCCUAAGAUUGCCCUCUCAGAUCGGACGGUGAAGCUGUUAGAAGAGAAGGUUUCCUUUCCAAAUCCAAAGUCCCAUCUACUCCGAGUCCUUUGUAGAUGUGCCCAAAGUGGAGGUAAUGGUUGGACUCAAACCCCGGUAUUGAGACGUGGUAAUGUUGUUAGGGGUGGUGUUGUUAGCGCCUCUGCCACCAGCACAACAACAGGGGGCAACAAAGAGAAUGUCAGCGUGGAAAGCACCCUAAGCCUUAAGGGUAAAUACGUAAUGAUUUGUUGCGUGUUUGUGCCUUCGUUAUGGUGUUCAGAAGACGGGCCGGGGGUGUAUUACACCUCUUUAGCUUCUCAUGAGUUGGCUAGAAGAGAUGAUUUUGUGAUGGUGGUGGUGCCAAUGAUGAGGGAGGGUUUCACUCAUUCUCACUCUGCCUACCAACACUUCUUGUCGGGUUUUUCCUGCCUUGCUGUCCCUUUCGAGGACUCUCAUCGGCGUGAGUUCAUUUGCUCAUCGCUCGGGUUCGAUGGUAAGCUUAACGCUUUACUUCUAGAUCCAUCUCACAGGGUGCUUCACCUUGGCCCGCCUCGCAUGUUUGCGUUUUAUGGAGGGUCCGGGCAUGAUUGCCUUCCCUUUACUCCAAAGGGACAGAAGAUUGUUCUAACCUUGGAGGAUGAUCCGGAGAAUCGCUCCCUGGAUGAGGUUUUGGGCCUCAGCGACACUGAUGUUCUCUACAAUAUUGAAUAUCUCGCUGGCAAGGGCAAGUUGAAGGAGGAGAAGGAUGGGUGUAUUACCAUUUCAAAACUCAAACAGAGGGUCGUGGGGCUUUACAUGUGCUCUGAUGGUAGAAGCUUAGAGAUGAUUCAGGAGGUCUACGAGGAUUGUAGACGGAAAGAGUAUGAGCUUGAAAUUGUGGUGGUGUGCUAUCCCUUCCCUGAGCAGGUUCCCCCAGCGUUGCACGAGGAGGCCAUCAUUGAAGCUCUUGCAAGUCAUGACCUGCUACACUGGUGGUUUUUUCCCUUCAACAACACCGUAUGCCAUAGACUAGAGACAAUGUGUGAUAUUUACGGUCUUGACGAAUGUUUCCUCAUAGCUGAUCCCAGUGUUGAAAGGUGUGUCGAUCCCCAUGGAAUCGAUAUCAUCCGUGACUUUGGCAUCGACAGUUAUCCCUUCACCAGGAGGAGUUUGGUCGACAAGGAAAAUCACAGGAAAAUGGAACUGAGAUUGAACUCACUACUACUUCCUUGGGAAGUUGUUCAUGCCUCGAUUGAUCUCGAAUCCACAAUUUCGAUUCCUGUGGAAAAGCUUAAGAACAAGAUUGUUCUUCUUUAUCUAUACAAAGAGGGAAUGAAAUAUCUAGCUAAUAAAUUGGCUGCAUGGUAUAAAAACAAUAUCAAGGGAAAGUAUUCAAAUGUUGAGGUGGUUGUUGUGAGCAUAGAUGGCAGCGAGACCAGUGAUGAAGAAUUCAUGGGUAUGGGGUGGUUGGCAUGCCAUGGACUCCCACCCUUUGCAGCUAAACUCUGUGAAGAAUACUGGCAUCCGCGCUUAAAUCCAAGCGAGGCUCUUGUUGCUUUUGACGAAGAUGGCCGGAUUACAUGUACGGAUCCAGAUCACAUUUUGGUAUGUGAAGGUCCUCCUUUCAUGGGCGAUCUACGCGAAGAGAUUUGUCUGGAUUUUGAAGACGCUGGGUAUUUAUACAUGCCGCACUGAUGAUCAAGGCUGUAUUUAUCUAGUUUAGUUAGAUAUCCUAUGGAGUUAUUUAGACAGUUUAAUUUAAUUAUUGUGAUUUUUUGAGAGAGAGUUGUGAUGUAUCUUUAAUUAUAAAAAAGUUGGGUGGAAUUA